AUGAUCGUACUUCCAAGCGGGAAAGUAGUGUCCGAGAAUAAGGAGGAGUACAAGGACAUGCCACCUCUGGUUGAGGAGGAGGAAACCAAAGCAGUAGUGCAGCCACCAUUAGAGGAGUCAAUUGCGCUAGGGCUAGUUGCAAGGUGCGCAUUAGCGGCCCAUGUCAAAAAAGAGGAGAUCCAAAGGAAAAACAUCUUCUACACUCGAUGCCACGUAAAUGGCAGAGUGUGUAGCUUGGUGAUAAACCCCGGCAGCUGCACCAAUGUCGCUAGUUCACUAAUGGUCGAAACUUUGGGAUUGCCUACCCGCGAGCAUCUCAGGCCAUAUCGUCUACAAUGGUUGAAUAAUUGUGGAGACAUACGAGCGUCUCAAAAGGUACUAGUUUCUUUUAAAGUUGGAGCUUAUGAGGAUGAAGUGCUUUGUGAUGUAGUACUUAUGCAAGCUAGUCAUAUCUUACUUGGUAGACCAUGGCAAUUUGAUAGGAGUACUAGUCAUAAUGGUUGUACCAACAUGUACACCUUCUUACAUAAAGGAAGGAAAAUCAUACUUGCACCACUUAUGCCUAAGCAAGUGUAUGAGGAUCAAAUGAAAAUUCAGCAGGAAUGUGAGAAAGUUGAUGAGCGAAAAAGAAUUGAGAAACAUGAGAGAAAAGAGAGGAAAAGAUCCGUGCAAAAUGAGAGGGAAAAGGCAAUUAAUGGGACGAAUCAUGAGGUAAAAAAAGAGGGAAAAGUAUUGUUGAUUGCAAAAGCCAAAGAUGUGAGGAAAGGCUUCCUUGUAGGCCGAAAUUUAUUUUUGUUUUACAGCAAGGAAGUUUCGGCUAACGCUAAUGAACUUGACACUGCGUUGCCUAGUUCUUUUGCUAAGCUUUUACAGGAAUAUGAUGACGUUUUCCCAGACGACGUGCCUAGCGGUUUGCCACCCAUUAAAGGUAUUGAGCAUCAAAUUGACCUCAUACCUAGAGCACCCCUGCCUAAUCGAACCGCGUAUAGGAGCAAUCCGGAGGAGACAAAAGAAAUUCAAAGGCAAGUGGUGGAGCUUCUAGUCAAAGGGUGGGCACGAGAGAGCUUAAGUCCCUAUGCCGUUCCAGUCAUUCUUGUGCCAAAGAAGAACGGGUCUUGGAGGAUGUGCACUAACUGCAGAGCCAUAAAUACCAUAACGGUAAAGUAUCGCCGUCCCAUUCCUCGACUUGAUGACAUGUUAGAUGAAUUACAUGGGGCUGUUAUAUUUACAAAAAUUGAUAUAAAAUCUAGGUAUCAUCAAAUUAGGAUCAAGGAAGGUGACGAAUGGAAAACCGCAUUUAAAACUAAGUACGGGUUAUAUGAGUGGUUAGUCAUGCUUUUGGGUCUUACUAAUGCACCUAAUACCUUUAUGCGGUUAAUGAAUCAUGUCUUGCGUGAGUACUUAGGCAAGUUCGUAAUAGUGUACUUUGAUGAUAUUCUCAUUUAUAGCAAAAGUCUAGAUGAACAGUUGCAACAUGUUAAGCUAGUAUUGGAGGUACUUCAGAAGGAACGUCUUUAUGCUAACCUAAAGAAAUGUACCUUUUGCACUGACUAA